CAAAACGAGAUCAGUUCCAGGCAAAAGAAAAAAAGAAGAAGAAACAGAGAAGGAAACCGAUAAUGAAAGAGCAGGAAAUGGCAGACACACAAUUGAUUCGCAAAAUUGCCAAAAUCGUGGACGAAGCUAAAGCAUCUAACGCCACCCAUCUCCGGAAGCUGAAGGAGCUCUCAGCCGUCCGUUCGAAAUCCCCUUCCGUUCAUCAAUUCUCUGUCGCCUUCACCAAGACACUGACCCCUCUCUUUCAAAUUCUAAAGCGAACCGCCACCGUGGAACGCGUUGUGCGCUUUGUUUCAGCAUUUUCCAGCGCCCGAGAUCCCAACGACACUUCCGCUAGUGAUGAGUUCUUGGAGGAAUUUUUGAAGUUCCUUUUGGUUGGGGCUACUGCAGCUAAUAAAACCGCACGAUUUAGGGCUUGCCAAAUCAUUUCCGAGAUAAUAUUACGGCUGCCCGAUGACUCAGAAGUGAGCGAUGAACUAUGGGAUGAGGUGAUAGAGUUAAUGAAAUUUCGGGUGGUGGACAAGGUUCCGUUAAUUCGUACACUUGCAGUCAGGGCGCUUUCACGAUUUGUAAAUGAUUCUGAAAAUAGCGACAUUCUUGAUUUAUUUCUCGAAGUCCUUCCAUUGGAGCAGAACUCGGAGGUUCGGAAGACCAUUGUGUUAUCUUUGCCUCCUUCAAAUGCAACUUCCCAAGUAAUCAUAGAUUGUACAAUGGAUGUAAGUGAGUCGGUCCGCAAAGCAGCGUACUGUGUUAUAGCUAACAAAUUUCCUCUUCAAAGCCUAAGUAUCAAGCAUAGGACAGCAAUUCUUCAGAGAGGACUUGCUGAUCGUUCUUUGGCUGUUUCGAAGGAGUGUUUAAAGUUAAUGACAGAUCAGUGGCUUGUAAAGUGCUGCAAUGGAGAUCCUGUACAACUUCUCAAGUAUCUCGAUGUUGAAACCUAUGAAUCAGUUGGGGAGUCUGUUAUGGAGUCCCUUCUAAAAGCCGAUUUAGUGAAACUGCAUAAGGUGGAAAGUAUACAACAGUACAUAUUACGAACAUCAGCAAAUGAAGGAAGUGAAGGAGAUUCAGCGGAUUGUUCUGUUAGUAUCAAGCUAAUGGAACCUGAGGUCUCUCUUUAUUGGAGGAUGGUGUGCAAACAUUUGCAGAUGGAAGCACAAGGAAAAGGUUCUGAUGCUGCUGCUACAAUGGGCACUGAAGCAGCUAUAUAUGCUGCGGAAGCUUCAGACAACAAUGAUUUGUUAGAUAGAAUUCUUCCUGAAACUGUCUCUGAUUACAUAGAUUUGGUCAAAGCUCAUAUUGAUGCAGGGGUGAACUACCACUUUGCAUCUCGACAGCUAUUAUUGCUUGGUGAAAUGCUUGAUUUUUCUGAUGCUACAAUCAGGAAGAUUGCUAGCUCCUUUGUGCAGGACUUAUUGCACAUGCCUCUUGAACAUGAAGUGGAUGAUGAAGGCAACAAAGUUGCUAUUGGAGAUGGCAUAAAUCUUGGUGGUGACCGAGAUUGGGCAAUUGCAGUGGCAAGGUUGGCAAGGAAGGUUCACUCUGCUGCUGGUGAAUUUGAAGAAGUUAUUCUUGGGGUUGUGCAAGAGCUUGCACGUCCUUGCAGGGAGAGAACUGCUGACUUUAUAAACUGGAUGCACUGCCUUGCUGUUACUGGUCUUCUCUUGGAAAAUGCAAAAUCGUUCCAUUGGGCUGUUGAACCUACUGAACUGCUUCAAUCAUUGCUGCUUCCUGGGGCAAAACAUGUUCACUUGGAUGUGCAGAGGGUAUCUGUCCGAUGCCUAGGGCUGUUUGGGUUGUUAGAGAAUAAACCUAGUGAAGAACUAAUAAAGCAGUUGAGGAUAUCCUAUGUUAAGGGCCCUUCUCCAAUUAGCACAGUUGCUUGUAAGGCAUUAUUUGAUAUUGGGAUGUGGCAUGGUCCUCAGGAAGUUGAUAGGGCCUUGGGACUGAACCUUUCAUCACAGCUUGAAGUAGAUGCUAUGCCAUCUGAUCCUGUAAACUUUUCUGAGACAGAUGGAGCUUCAAAUAUGAAAUUGGUCGAUCUCUUAUAUGCUGGAUUUACAACAGAUAAUAGGGCCAGAGCUCUAGAAAAUGAUGAAAAUGAAUCUGUCCAAGCUGUUCUUGGAGAGGGCUUUGCCAAGAUUCUUCUUCUGAGUGAGAAGUAUCCAAGUAUUCCUGCUUCAUCUCAUCCUUUGCUCUUAUCCAAGCUGAUUAGCUUGUAUUUCAGUAAUGAAUCAAAGGACCUCCAGAGAUUGAAACAGUGUUUAUCUGUUUUUUUCGAGCAUUAUGCUUCUCUCUCAGAAAAUCACAAGAAGCGUUUGUCUAAGGCUUUCAUUCCUGUCAUGCGUUCUAUGUGGCCUGGAAUAGAUGACAAUCCUGGUGGUUCUUCUUAUACGGUCUCCAACAUGCGUAAGCGUGCCAUACAAGCUUCAAGAUUCAUGCUACAGAUGAUGCAAACUCCCCUAUAUGCAAAGGGGACUGAAGCAGAGGAUGAUAAUGGUUGUAAUGGAUCACCAGAAAUCAUAGAUGGCCCUUCACAGCCUUCAGUAGAAUGCGGAGAAGAGGGACUUGCAAUACGCAUAGCCACAGAGGUGUUGAGGUUUCCAGCAAAGAAGACAUCUGCAGAGAGGUCAUAUGUUGCGGCUCUUUGCAGAAUACUUGCCUCUCUCCAUUUCUGUUUAUCAGAACAAGUACCAGUAAAGAUAAUGAGGAGACUUUUAAGUCGUGUGUGUGAAUCUGUUUUAAGCGAGAAAGAUAUUCUAAAGGAGUUGAAGCUGAUGGCUGAACGUCUUGAAGGACUAGAUAGAAAUCCAGAUCAGGAUUUAUCGGAAGAUGAAGUUAAGUAUAUUUUCGGAAAGUUGGAGCUGGAAUUCAACUUGGAUGUUGAUGGUUCCACUGCAGUUCCACAAACCCCAGCGCCAUGCUCAGCUAGACCUAAUCGUUCAAGGAGACGAGUGAGACGUGAAGAAGUUAGUUCUGGCGAAGAAAAUUCACCUCCCUGUGUUAAGUCUGUGGUUCCUAGCAAUGGUGGCACUAUAGGUCCUCGCUCACAAAGGGCAAGCAAGACUGCAGCAAUGACCAAGAUAACAAGAAGUAAAGCUGUAAGGAUAGAAGAAGAAGGUUUUCAUGAAGACGACGAUGAAGAUUCAGAAGUUACAGCUGAGGAUUCUGAUGAAUCAGAUGAGCUCACCGAAUAAAAUCACGCCGCUUAGUUUGCAUUGCCUGAAUCAUCGUCAUAUAUAUAUUGUGGUGCAUAUGUUUCAAGGGUUAGGUUGAGUUAAGCUAGAUACAUAGAUAGAUAUGCAGUACUUAUAUUAUAUUUGUUGUAUCCAUGUGUAUGAUGUCUGUAACCCGUAAGUCGUUACAUAUAUGAUGUUGUAAGCAUUUUGGGUUAAGCUUUGUUUUGAUAUUGUUGUAACACAAUUUGGGAAAUGUUUGCUAGUCAAAGCCUAUUUCUCUUGAA